GGCCACACGGUGGCGCUCUUCUGACUCCUCAUACCGGAAGUAGUCGCUCCGUGUCACCGGGCGGAAGGCGCUGAGUUGUCGUUCCGGGAAGGAGAAGUCGGGAGAAGCCGGAGAUGGAGGCGGCGGGGUGGUUGCUGAGAGCCGUCAUCGUUCUGUUCGUACACAGGUGGGCGGAGUCAUCUCAGGUUCAGGAGGAGACCCCUCCGGUGAAGUCCGAGAGCCCGGCGGUGACCCCGUGUUGGAGGACCGAGGAAUUCACCGUCUCCAAAGAUUGCUACAACUGUAACCAGUUUGAUUCGAAAUUGGUCAGCCAGUGCGGAGUCACCGGAUUCAUCGAGCAAGUCAGCUGCAGCCCCUCCAAGAAAGUGGAGUACAAGAGCUGCCGCUCGGUCACCAUGGAGAAGAAGGUCUUCUGGGAGUUCGUGGGGAUCACGAUGGCGGCCGCCGUGGUCUUGGCGUUUGUGGUGGUGUUCCGGCAGAGGAUGCUGGACCGGAGGGCCCUGGAGAAAGUGCGCAAGCAGAUCGAGUCCAUCUGAUCCUCGGGGGCCGGACACUCGGGCUGUGGACUUUCCCUCGCCAUGAUAGAGGAGGGACACGCCCACCUUCUGACCAAUCCCAUUCCUGGAGCUGCAGCAGCGAUAGUUCAGUUAUGAGUGGAGCCCCCUGCUGGCUUCCUCGAUGUCUCGGGGGGGGGGGGGGGGGGACUCCAGCGGUGACCCCUCCCACCUUCAUCCCCAUCCAUUAAAAUGACUUGUUAUGGGUGGAGCGACCUUUUACACUGUUGUCUGAUCCUGGGGGGGGGGCCACACUUGUCCCUCAGCACUCUGAGGGGGGGGGGGGGGUAAAUUGGACGCUCAUUCUGCGAUAUUUGGACUUUCGAUGUAUUUAUUAUAGAAACUGAUACAGUGUUAAAGUUUUAUAUUUUUAGCAAAAUAAAAAAAAUACUUUUCAUUUUA